CCACGUGCGGUCAGAGACUCUCACGCCGAUUGGUGCAAGUUCUCCCUGCUCCAACAACUCCCAUCAUGCUGUUCCAGCCACAUGCGGUCAGAGACUCCCACGACGAUCAGACCAAGUUCUCCCUGCUCCAACAACUCCCAUCACGCUGUUCCAGGCACAUGCGGUCAGAGACUGCCACGAUGAUCGGACCAAGUUCUCCCUGCUUCAACAACUCCCAUCACGCUGUUCCAGCCACAUGCAGUCAAAGACUCCCAAGCCGAUUGGACCAAGUUCUCCCUGCUCCAACAACUCCCAUCACGCUGUUUCGGCCACACGCAGUCAGAGACUACUCACCUCCUCUCCAGAACUGGCCGUUCAUUCCAGCCGGCGCUAUGAGACCCCUUACCGGCUUCCCGUGCCUUUUCCUGGAUCAAACCUCCGUGUCCACCAAGUCUGGGUACUUUCCAGCCGCAUAGCUGACCUCUCACCUCACCGCAAGGUUCCGGGUCAAGUCGUUUGUUUCCUGUACCAGUCAAAUCCACGAACCACGAGUCUGCCU